AGAUUGACGAAAAUUUCACCAUAAGCAUCAACACAGCAGACACUCUUCCACCUUCUUCUCACUUCUCAUCCAUGUCACAACAACCUUAAUUAACAUGGAAAACAAACUUUGUAACGCCACGUGUUACCAUUUUAUUGGUUAUAUACUGUUGAAGCCUUUAAGCUGUUACCUUCUUAAGCCUCUCUGCUCCCUGGUUGUCUUUCCCCCAUUCCUCUGACCCUUUCCUUUUCCAUAUUCUCAAUCUUUUUCAUCUCUGCCUCAGAUCUGAUCUUUGUAUAUUCCGCAGUCAUGGCAGAGAAGGUGACCAUAAUGAAGCUCAAAGUUGAUCUUGAGUGCGAGAAAUGCUACAAGAAAGUCAAGAAGGUUCUCUGCAAAUUCCCUCAAAUUCGAGACCAGGAGUACGACUACAAGAAUAACAUCGUGACAAUCAAAGUGGUAUGCUGUAACCCUGAGAAGUUAAGGGACAAGCUUUGCUGCAAAGGUUGUGGUUCUAUCAAGAGCAUUGAAAUUGUGGAACCUCCCAAGCCCGAGAAGCCCAAGGAACCAGAGAAGCCUAAGGAGCCCGAGAAGCCCAAGGAACCAGAGAAGCCUAAGCAGCCCGAGAAACCAAAGGAACCAGAGAAGCCGAAAGAGCCUGAGAAGCCCAAAGAACCCGAGAAGCCUAAAGAGCCUGAGAAGCCCAAAGAACCCGAGAAGCCUAAAGAACCAGAGAAGCCAAAGGAGCCUGAGAAACCUAAGGAACCUGAGAAGUCGCCUCCGAUUGGGGUAUGCUGUGGGCCAUGCUAUGAAGGUAGGCCUGGUGGGCCAUGUUUUCAUGGUUACGGUGAGCCACUGCCAUGUUAUGGAAGACCUCCUAAAGUACCACUACCGCCGGUUCCUGUUCCGAUUGGGGUAUGCUGUGGGCCAUGUUCUGAAGGUAGGCCCGGUGGGCCAUGCUUUCAUGGUUACGGUGAGCCACUGCCAUGUUAUGGAAGACCUGUUUAUGAUAGUUAUGGUGGUGGCGGCAGACCUUAUUACGUGAGCCGUUGUGAUGAAUAUUUCUGUGAAGAAAACCCAUCUGCCUGCACAAUUAUGUGACAUCUCUCUCUCAUUCAAAGCCAAGUUCUACACUCCAUCCAUUGGAUCUGGCCAUUCUUGCAACUGGACUUUUAUUAUUAUUGGUUAUCCCAGGAUUAAAUAAUCUUUGUUUUUGUUAUUACAAAUUAAUAACGGUGUUUCGGGGGGAAUGAAAAUGAUACGAGGAGCUUAAGAAAGAAUAAAAGGCGUGUUAUAUUAUUGUAAUACUUUCAUAAAUUAGUGAAAGUUUCUUUCUUUACGUACAAUUUAAUUACUAUAAAUCUAGCUAAUUUGCAUGAUGGAUUUGCUUCUAAGUAAGGGUGAAAAUUGAUUUGCUCUGAAAGGAACUGCUUUGGUGGGUAGUGGUGCUUUGAAAUGCUGGGCAGCUAAGCCCCUCACAACGUGUCCUCUUUGUAUUGCACUUUUUGCGUUGUUG